GACGUCAUGGGCGCGCCGGGCUAAACUCUUCCUAGUUUUCUUUCUUGCGGCAAACUGUCAACUUCCCUAGUUGAAUUUGAUCACUGUGAAGCAGAAGUGAUGUGCCGUUUGAAUUAAUAAAGAAAGUUAAUGAUGUGCCUGAAGUUCAGCCACUGAGUAAAUUACAAAAAGUAGAUUUCAGAUCCAUACAGCCAGGUUGUGAUUAAAGCAAGAAAUAUAUCCAGGGAAAACUUUCACUUAUCUCUUCUUUAACUUAUCAUGGAAAUGGAACUGCUGUUUUGAAGAUCGGACUACAAGAAAAAGAAAAUUGAAAUUCAGAGGUCAACACCAUCAAUGUAUUAUUUUUCAGAAAAUUAGCAAAGGACAGUGUGAAAGUUUUCUGUGAAGGGGACACCAUUGCUGUGACUGGAUUUAUUGUUUUGUCAUCACCUUCCACAAGCAGAGAUGGUAAAUUUUGCAUAUUUUUGAAAGCGUUUGAAAACUUCAAAUCAACUGUUUAUGUUUAUGUUAAAUCUGUAAGAGAUUUUUCUACAGAAUCAAUGUCUUUGGUUCCAGCAACAAAUUAUAUAUACACACCCCUGAAUCAACUUAAGGGUGGUACAAUUGUCAAUGUCUAUGGUGUUGUAAAGUUCUUUAAGCCCCCAUAUCUAAGCAAAGGAACUGAUUAUUGUUCAGUUGUAACGAUUGUGGACCAGACAAAUGUAAAGUUAACAUGCCUGCUCUUUAGUGGAAACUAUGAAGCCCUUCCAAUAAUUUAUAAAAAUGGAGAUAUUGUUCGCUUUCACAGGUUGAAGAUCCAAGAAUAUAAAAUGGAGACUCAGGGUAUCACCAGCUCUGGUUUUGCAUCUUUGACAUUCGAGGGAACUUUGGGAGCACCUGUAAUACCUCGUACUUCAAGCAAGUAUUUUAACUUCACUGCUGAGGACCACAAAAUGGUAGAAGCUUUACGUGUUUGGGCAUCUACUCAUAUUUCACCUUCUUGGACAUUACUAAAAUUGUGUGAUGUUCAGGCAAUGCAAUAUUUUGACCUGACCUGUCAACUCUUGGGCAAAGCAGAAGUGGAUGGAGCAUCAUUUCUUCUAAAGGUAUGGGAUGGCACCAGAACACCAUUCCCAUCUUGGAGAGUCUUAAUACAAGACCUUGUUCUUGAAGGUGAUUUAAGCCACAUCCAUCGGCUACAGAAUCUGGCAAUAGACAUUUUAGUCUACGAUAACCAUGUUCAAGUGGCAAGAUCUCUGAAGGUUGGAAGUUUUCUUAGAAUCUAUAGCCUCCAUACCAAACUUCAAUCAGUGAAUUCAGAGAACCAGACAACUUUGUUAAGUCUAGAGUUUCAUCUCCAUGGAGGUACCAGUUAUGGUCGGGGAAUCAGGGUCUUGCCAGAAAGUAACUCUGAUGUGGAUCAACUGAAAAAGGCUUUAGAAUCUGCAGAUUUGGCAGCUAAUCAGCAUUCAGAUGGUAUCUGUCAAUUAGAACAUGAGGACAGCUUUCCAACUGUUUCAAGCUCUGGAUCAGUAUCAUUAUAUGAGGUAGAAAGAUGUCAACAACUGUCUGCCACAAUACUUACAGAUCAUCAAUAUUUGGAGAAAACACCACUGUGUGCCAUUUUGAAACAAAAAGCUCCACAACAAUAUCGCAUCCGUGCAAAAUUGAGGUCAUAUAAACCCAGAAGACUCUUUCAGUCUGUUAAACUUCAUUGUCCUAACUGUCGUUCAUUACAAGAAGUUCCACAUGAGGGUGAUUUGGAUGUAAUUUUGCAAGGUGGUGCAAUUAAAACCCCAGAUAACAAACUACAAGAUACAUCAUUAUAUGAUUCAAAAGUCUGGACCACUAAAGGUCAAGGAGGAAGAAAAAUAGCUGUUCAUUUUGUGAAAAAUAAUGGAAUCCUUCCACUAUCAAAUGAAUGUCUGAUUUUGAUAGAAGGAGGUACAUUCAGUGAAAUCUGCAGACUUUCACAGAAGUUUCAUAGUGUAAUUCCUGUGAGAUCUGGCCUUGAAGACUUGGAACUCCUGGACCUUUCAGCACCAUUCCUUAUACAAGGAAAAGUACAUCACUAUGGGUGUAAACAGUGUUCUAGUUUGAGACCAAUACAAAAUCUAAAUUCUCUGGUUGAUAAAACAUCAUGGAUUCCUUCUUCCGUGGCAGAAGUACUGGGUAUUGUACCCCUCCAAUAUGUGUUUGUUAUGACAUUUACUCUUGAUGAUGGAACAGGAGUAUUAGAAGCUUAUCUCAUGGAUUCUGACAAAUUCUUCCAGAUUGCAGCAUCAGAAAUCCUAAUCGAUGAUGACCUUCAGAGAAGUAUGGAUAUGAUCAUGGAUAUGCUUUGCCCUCCAGGAAUAAAAAUUGAUGCAUAUCCAUGGUUGGAAUGCUUCAUCAAGUCAUAUAACGUCUUGAAUGAAAAUGGAGUAGAGCAACAAAUUUGCUAUCAGAUUUUUGACACCACAGUUGCAGAAGAUCUUGUCUAAUGUUGCCAUUCAACUUAACAUAUGUAAAAUGUAAUUUUUAAAAACAUUACUCUUUUCUAUGAGAUUGUUAUAAACACGUAAGAGAUUUAGCUGUUUUUGAACUAACAUCCACAUUUCCUUUUUAACUAAUAUUUGAGAUUUUUUUGACAAAUAGACUUUAUGUUAUCUUGAUGCCUUCUUGCAAGUAUGUUAACAAUGUUCCUGUUUCUCAAAAUAUCCAUAUGAUGGCUUCCAGGGAUAUAAAAGAACAAGAGUCAUCGAAUAAGGACUAUUUUUUCACUUACUCUUUGCAGUUCUCUUUUCAGAGAAGCUAUUUUGUUACCCGACACUAAAAAGCACUUUUCCUAUUGGUUU